GGGGGGGGGGAAGAGGAGCAGGCUGCUUCUUGUCCCCGCACUGUCAUCCAGCGUUAGCUAGCCGACUGCUAACGAGGAUGUUGCUAGCGAUUUGCAUGACAACAGCGAAAACUAAUAUUAGCCUUCUUCAGCCAAUCGAGGUAGCUAUCGUUAGCUCCACCGCGCCGUGUGGGACUCCCGUCCCCAUGCGCAGACGUCUCCGAGCAUUGUUCCCCUCGCGGUCACUUUUCCGUCCCCUGCUUCUGUCCCCUGGUUUGCUCGCCUCUCGGACAGGAGCGUUGCAGUUGUCACAUUUGAGCCUCGACCUACGUUAGCACAUUGUUGCCACCCGGCUCUCUGCGGCUGGGGAGCACUGUUGUGAUGCCCCCCGGCUCUCGCCCUCGCUCAACUGUUAUGCGAUGUCUCUUUCUUUUCGUUUGAAUUGUCCAUUAUCUUCACGUGGCUUCGACAACAGUCCACCACUCGUCCCGUUCGACACGUCGAGCCGAGACACAGUGGCUGUGUCACGUCCAGUGGGAUGUCUGCGUGGAGGACGUUUAUUUCAUCUGCAAUCGGGAUGUACCGUAAAUAUGCUCCCGUACCAGUUGUGGUUCGAGGGGCUUUGUAGUUCAGUGUUAUGAGAAGGAAAAGUUCAGAGGGCCAUGUCUAGGAAGUGAGUGACGGCGAUGGAAGGGAAAGGCCCGUACCGCAUCUAUGAUCCAGGUGGGAGUGAGGUCAGGGCCCGAGAGGAGGCCGGAGGGGGAAGCAGCUAUCGGCAGCUACUGGAGGAGAACAGCAUGCUGAGGGAGCGCAUGAAGGGACUUAAGAGCUUAGGUGAUUUGCUGGAAGAGUCUCAGUCGGAGGCGUCGAGGCUUCGGCAGCGAGUGGAAGAACUUGUGAGAGAUAACGAAGCCCUCAAGUCCUCCAGCUUCGCUGCCAGUUUGUGUGCGGGAGGGCCAGGUCAAACUGAGACGCAAAGUAAACCCUGUGUACACGCGACCGCAGAGCAGGAGGAGGAGCAAACCAACUGUUUAGGGAAGACCUUGCAGCCCGAGAAGCCCAAUGAGGCUGUGUCAGAGUGUGACGCAGUGAAUAUGGAGGAGAAGAAUCCAGAUGCCUUGACAUAUCUCCAGGCCGUGUCGGUGGCAGGUGUAAUCCCCCCCCUGCCUCAGGAGAACAUCGAGCUAACGAGCCAGCUGAAGAGACUAGAGAGCUCCUUCAGCAUAUUCGCAGAGGAGUCCAACCCCAACCAGCUGUUGGCUCACCUCGGUCGCAUGGCUGUGGAGUUUCACCAUCUUUCCUCCAAGGUCCAAAAGAAUGAACAGAGGACCUCCCUCCUACAGACUCUCUGUGAGCAGCUCAGACAGGAGAACAAUGAGCUUCGAAAGAAAAUGGAAGAGGACCAUCAUAUCAGGAAUCGAGACUUGGAACAGCUGAGACAGGAGAACCAGAAACUCAAAGAGCUUGUCACAGGAGGAGGAGCAGCAGCAGCAGCAGCAGCAGCAGCAGCAGCAGCAGCAGCAGCAGCAUCAUCUGCUGCACCAACUGGUACCGAAGCUCCGGAGGCCAAAGAAGAGCCAGUGAAGGAGGAAUCCGCAGCUGUACGACCUAAGAUGGAGGUUUCCACACCGCAGAAGAGUGGAAAAGCUACAGAGAAAACUCCAACUAAACCUUGUGAUGUCGAGGUGUAUGAAAAGAAGAUCAAGCUUUUGGAGAAGCAGAGAAAGGAUGUACUGGAGGUGAACAAGCAGUGGGACAUUCAGUGGAACUCCAUGAAGUCACAGUUUGAACAGAAGAUUACAGACCUCAGACAACGCCUGGCUGAGUCCCAGAAAACUGUGCUUGAGCUGGAGGCAGAGCGCGAGCAGAGGCAGCGCGACUACGACAAGAAGCUGCUGCUGGCCAAGUCCAAGAUUGAAAAUGUACAGGGGGAAAAGGAGUGUCUCAACUCUGAGACCACUGAGCUGAAGCAGAAGAUCCGCUACCUGCAGGAUCAGCUGCAGCCUCUCAGCAAACAGAGAGAGUACCAGGAGAAGGAGAUCCAACGCCUCAACAGGGCUUUGGAGGAAGCCUUAAACCUACACUCCACCUCAUCCUCUCAACAACCACCUGGCCAGGGUAACUUUCCAGAUGCAGCCAAUAACUUGAAGAAACAGGAACUGCUCACUCAAAUUGCUGUACUAAAAGAACAGGUGAAGAUCUUUGAAGAAGACUUCAGAAAAGAGAGGAGUGACCGCGAGCGAAUGAAUGAGGAAAAAGAGGAUCUGAGACGACAAGUUGAGAGACUCCAGGGUCAGAUUACUAAUUUGACCAAUCAGCUUCAUCAGGCCCAGAACGAGUGUCAGAGAGAACGCACAGAGAGAUGUAAGCUGGAGAGGCUGCAGAUGCAUCACAAACAGGGCCAGCAGCAGGAAAGACGUACCUCAGACCCCACGUCAGGCUCAGUGCUGAGCCCUCCCUACUGUGGUCCCUUUGUGCAGGUGGGACCGCAGGGCCUUGAGGGCUGGCCCGUACACUUCCCUCCCCGGAUGCCCAAUGCAGCCGGCGCCGCAGCCGCAGCCGCCGCAGCACCGCCCCCUGUACGAGACUUCCAGCCUGUUGCCCCGGGUUUUCCUUGGCAGUCAUCAUUCCCACAGCCCAGAGGGGCCAGAGCAGUUGGAGAGAGUUCAAGACCACCACCAGAGAAUGCAGAUCCGUCUGCAGCAGCAGCAGCGGCCGCAGCAGCAGCAGCAGCCUCAGCGGCAGCAGCAGCAGCAGCCUCCACCACCGCAGCAGGAUUCGGGAAAAGGGAGCGACAGAACAUUGACCCUGGAAAGCACUAAAGCAUCACCGUACCCUCCUGAUGGAGUCUGGGUAGUAGCAUGAAAUCAGUUGGUUUUUGAGUUGACAAUGUGUGAUUUGAUCUAUAAUUUUCCUACUGAACUGUAGAUAUCCUAUUGUAAUGUUGUUUAUACUUGCGUUUUAUAAGGCUAUUUGUGAAACACUUCGCUAUUCUGAAUGAAAUAUUAUUUUGAGCUUUCUUUAAUUUUUUUCCCAGGAUCUGAAGUCAUUUGUUAAAUAGGUUUGAAUACUUACCAUUCAAUUGUUUUGUUUUUUCUCUCCAGAAAAUAUACCUAUGUGAUUGUCUCUCUGCAAACAUGUGACAGCCCGACACUUAGCUUGUUACUUGUAGGGUUACAGGAAGCCAUUCCCCAAUAUGACUAAGAUGACAUAUACUUAUUCCAACAACGAAUGAUUAUAUAGGUAAAUUGAACAUGGAAGUUUACAACGUGAAUGUUGAUUGAUUUAUGGCGAUUUCUUCAGUACCAUCGUUAUUCUAGAACCGUCCCAUAUGUGUAACUGUUCGAAAGUGGUUGUUGAAAUACAAAAAUUGGGGGAAAUUAAUUUUAAACUUAUCAUACCAAAAAACAUGAUUGUGACUAUUGAUAAUUUAUUUAUAACUCUGUUUUGAUAGUUGCAUUGACUUAAGUGUGAAUCAUUGUCUUUGGUAACGCUGUUCUUUCUAUGUUGUUAGUGUAAUCCCAAUAUAUUGUAGCUAUUGACAUUGUAUGUUUGUAUCAGACACAAUACACAAUGCACAAUACAUACACAGCCUUUUUUUCCCCAUGACAAUGGACCUAAUCUCAUUAAACACAGCACUUGUACUUUACCACAAUUGAUUUGAUCGCUCAUUCCGAUAUUCAUACUCAUCUCGCUGCAUACUGUACUAUUGCCCACAGUUUAGCCCCAACGCCAGGUUAACGCACUGAAACCUUUGUAGACAGCAGAGAUGGCCCUUUUCCUCAAAUUCCUGAUGUUAUCUGAUAUUUCAUAUCAACCAAGCGAGUUGUAGAGCUGAAAUGUUCAAAUUCUGCUCAAAAAACCGCAGGAAUGUGAGCACCUGGAGGGCAAGUAGAUCCGGUGUCACAGCAGUACAGCUGCUCCUCGGAGGAGGAGAACCUCUGCCACGGUGUCUGGCUUCGCUCACUGUCGAGAGUCGAGAGCUCUGAUAGCACAGAUAUGGCGUGUGUUACUAUUUUAAAGGGUAGAAUUCAUCUCAAAGCCAGCCGCUGUUUUACUGACCGUAAGUUCAGGCAGGCAGAUGAAGGGCUUCAAAAUAUAUCCGGAUGAAUUUGGGGGGGGGGGGGGAUCCACUUUAACAAACAAGCUAUUUUUGAAUAUAAGUUACAGGGAACAAAGUCCUGAUGGGUGAGCGCUGACAUGAGACAUUAGCAGUACACUGAAAUUACUGGCAGUUGUAUUUUCUUGGUUUGUAGUCCCCCCCUCUCCUUUUUAUUGCUGUUGGCAAAAGCACAUGUGAGACUUUUUGUAUUUGACUGGCUUAAUAAAUCUAUUCUAUGUGUCUAUUAUUAUUUUA